AUGUACUUCCUGACUGGCCUUCGUAUUUCACCUGCCUCCCCGGCUCAGCUGCAGAACCGAACAGUCAAUGCCCCUCUCCUUCGAUACAUCGAUGCGCUUAGAACCCAUGGCCACCGCGCUGCCCGUAUUGACCCGCUGGAUCUCUUGCAGCGAGAAGAGGUUGCUGCCUUGAACCCGCGCCGUUAUGGCCUUCUCGACGACGAGCAGAAAUACGACGUCAAUGGCAUUGUGUGGACCAGCCCAGUAGGCGCGGGGUCUGGCACGAAGGAUGAGUGGACCCUUGGCGAAAUCACGCAGCACCUGCGCUCAAUCUACGUUGGCCGCAUCGCCUAUGAGUACAUGCACUCGCCGUCGAAGACGGAGCGGCUGUGGUUCUCCCACCUCCUCGAGUCGCAGCCGCCGAGCAAUGUCAAGAUGAGCAAGGAUCAGAAGACGCGCAUAUACUCCCUGCUCGCGCAGAGCGAGACGUUCGACCAGUUUCUCCAGCUCAAGUUCCCCAACUUGAAGCGGUAUGGCCUUGAGGGAGGGGAGUCUAUGCUUCCCGCGCUUGAUGUCCUCUUUGCCGCCGCCGCUCGAGCUGGAGUGGAGGACAUCAUACUUGCUAUGCCACACCGCGGUCGUCUCAACCUCUUGACCGAUCUUCUGAAAUUCCCCCAUGCAGCUUUGUUUCACAAGAUCAAGGGUGGCGCCGACAUCCCAGAGCAUCUGGGUGCCUCCGGAGAUGUUAUUAGUCAUUUGGUCGCUUCACCGAGGUUGCAAUAUGAAGGUGCACCGAAUUCUGUGAAGGUUUCUCUACUACCAAAUCCUUCUCACCUCGAGGCGGUGAACCCGAUCGCACUGGGCAAGACCCGUGCGAAGCAGUUCGCUCUCCUGAAGGAUUUACUCCAGGCGGGCACUCCACUAAACCAAUGUUUUCCUGGGGACAAAGUGCUGUCCGUACAACUGCAUGGAGACGCAAGCUUCACGGGACAAGGAGUUGUCAUGGAAAGCCUGGGACUAAGCAAUCUGCCGCACUUCACAGUCGGCGGGACAGUUCACAUCGUUGUCAACAAUGGGAUUGGGUACACGACACCUGCUUCAGGGGCACACUCAGGGCUUUACUCGUCAGAUAUCGGCAAGAUGAUUAAUGCACCGAUACUUCAUGUGAAUGGAGACCAUCCUGAAGAUGUCGCUCGAGCAAUCGAAGUCGCCUUCAAGUACAGGACCCAUUUCCGCAAGGAUAUCAUCGUCGAUCUGUUGGUCUACCGCCGUUGGGGACAUAACGAACUUGAUGAGCCCUCUUUCACACAGCCCUUGAUGUAUGAGAAGAUUCGCUCAAGGCGAUCUGUCCCUAGCCUAUAUGAGGAACAGCUUAUUUCGGAUGGAACCAUGAGCCAUGAGGAGGCAGCUACAAUGCGAAGCUCUUACAAAGCAAAACUCGCAUCUGAGCUGUCUGCUGCUGACAGCUACGAUCCGGUUAGCCAUGCUGUCUCUAUGUUACAAGAGCAAUGGAAAGGGCUAGUCUGGCCAGCCGAUGAUAAUGCCGUCCGAGACCCUGAGACUGGCGUCGACCGUGAGGUUCUACUACGCGUAGGAAGGGCCAGCGUCUCCGUUUCAGAGGGUUUUGAAAUCCACCCACGUCUACAGCGACACGUGAGCAGCCGUCUCCGUGCUCUGGACAAGGGCGAGGGUCUGGAUUGGGCGACUGCAGAGGCCUUGGCCUUUGGCUCCUUGAUGUUGGAGGGGUACGAUAUCCGGAUCUCGGGACAAGACGUAGGACGAGGAACAUUCAGUCAACGGCACGCGAUGCUGGUUGAUCAGAAUACGGAGGAUGUGAUUGUUCCCCUUAAUGCAGGGCUAGACUCCACCGGUAGACUGGAACUUGCGAACAGUUCCCUCAGCGAGAUGGCCGUCCUUGGCUACGAGUACGGCGUGAGCUGGGAACGGCCUGACAUACUACCUAUAUGGGAGGCACAGUUUGGCGAUUUCUUCAACGGAGCUCAGGUCAUUAUCGAUACAUUCGUCUCCUCUGCUGAAACCAAAUGGCUGAAACAAAGUGGCAUUGUUUUACUCCUCCCUCACGGUCUGGAUGGCGCUGGUCCCGAACAUUCGUCCUCGCGUAUAGAGCGUAUGUUGCAGCUUACGAAUGACCGCUAUGGUCCCGAUGAGACGACAGCGGGUAACGUCAAUAUGCACAUUGUGUACCCGACAACACCUGCACAGUACUUCCACCUAUUACGCCGACAGAUGCUCAGGAACUUUAGAAAGCCGCUUGUCGUAGCGUCUCCAAAAGGCCUGUUACGGCUACCGGCGGCAGCGUCGUCGAUGACAUCUAUGGAGCCUGGUGCUCGUUUUGAGCCCGUCCUGGGCGACUCGCUGACCGAUAAGGCUUCUGUCCAGCGCGUCGUCAUGCUCUCCGGAAAACUAUACUACGAUCUGGUUAAAGAGCGUCAGCAGCGGCAGGUCAACUCCGUGGCGUUUAUCCGGAUUGAGGAGCUCUGUCCGUUCCCCUUUGAGAGUCUGCGACUCAUCCUGGAACAAUAUUCCAAUGCAAAGGAGUUCGUAUGGCUGCAAGAAGAACCCCAGAAUCAAGGAGCAUGGACGCAUGUCGCGUCCAGGAUUGACGUUGUUCUACAAAGCAUCAAAGAUGACUGGCGGGUAUCGUAUGCUGGAAGGCGGAUGGAUUCCGUUCCUGCGCCGGGUAUCAGUCAAGUGUACCGGUUACAGCAGCAGCGAGUCAUCGAUUCUGCUUUUGUGUCAUGAAGUAGUGCCCUCCUUAGUCAGUAUACGAUGGAUAAUUUCGAGUUUCUUGAGCUCUUCACGAUGUUAAAAAGUUUACUUUGAUCAGGAUACUCCAGUGGGAUAUGGAGGUUUGCAAGGCCUUAACCAUGAAAGUAAUGUUGUAGGUCGUGUAUACAUCCAGUCUCCGCCUCA